AGCGGGGCCUCAAGCGGCCACCGCUUGUUCCACACCACCACCAGUACAUCACACCGAGAUGUACUGGCCUCGGAUCCGGCAGUGAUAUGGACGCCAAGCCGUGAGCUUGACGUACAGGCUAUCCAUGGGGACUCGACACGAAGCCAGGGACUCAAUGUGCAGUACACUUCACGAGUGGCCAGUACAUCACAUAUCACGGGCCGUACAUCCAGCGUUGAGCUCGAUGUACGAGCUUCACGUCGAACAUCGAGACAGGUACCACCUGUACCACGCGUGUCGAGCGAUCGACUCGACGUACAGAAUACAGGUGACCGUCGCGGCCAUGACCUUACUCGGGAAGCUAGUACCUCGCGCCGCGACGUACCAGCAUUGAACCGAGUACCGACUGCACCGAAUCAGCCAGUGCUGCGUGAGGAGUGCUUCACCCUCCUUGCAGACCAACUUGACCUCGACCUCGACGAGGCUGAGUUUGCGGCGAAGUCAGCACUUAGCUGUGGGCAUGCCAUCGAGGAGAUGUCCCCGCGACCGAGGACAUAUUCUCGUGCAGCUCGUCGAGCAUGGGACCACUUCCAGAGGGAGCUGGAAGUGGUUCCACUCGAGUUCGACCCUCGACUCAUUGCACCACUUCCUAUGGAGAUGGUGCGACAUUGGGCCUACAACAAGCUGGGAUGGUUUGUUGUACCACCUCGCAGUCGACCUCAGGAUGACUCCGACUGGUACAACUCCUCUGAUGAGGAGCCCCGUACCACAACUCGCGAGGAUUACUCUGACCAUGUUGAGUCAGAGUAUCUCUCCGAGUCUGAGCAUCAUAGCUCGUGGGAUUCUUCGGAUCCAGGUUCUGAGGGGACAAACUCAGUAGUAGUCUCUGACUACUACGAGCAGUCCGAGAUGGAGGAUACUUACAGUUCUUCUGCACUAUCUGCUGAAGACGAGGGUAACUCUGAAGAUGCAGACUACUACUCUGAGUCCGAGUAG